AAGAACCAUGUGAGCUCUGUUCGUGAUGUAAAGACGGAUCCUUUCGCUUUUAUUUGAUUUUUUUUGACUCCCCAACAGUUAUGAACAUGCACCCCGCAACUUGUAACCACUGGGGGCUCUUUUCUCGCUGAUGAUCCGUUGGAGUUACGCGUGGAUUUCUUCCAGGCUGUCCGACAGAACUCAUGAAACCCUCUUCAGAGCGACGGUUUGUGGACUUGCGCAUUAGCUAAUGAUGUCUGUGGGUUUUAUCCCUGACAGUCUGAAUGGCUCAGAUCCCUCCAAGUCGGCCUUUCUAGAAUUCGGACACGGACACUCGACGCACCAGCAGCACUCCUCCGGACUCUCUCACGUUUAUCCGGUUCACGGCUUGCAAGCUGCUGGCCAUUCCCAGCACGAAAGCCCUUUUCCUGGUACCGCGUCCUAUGGCCGCUCUUUGGGCUACGCCUACCCCGGCACGGUGAACACUCAUCCCCCGUCCGCUUACGUGCCCUACCAACACAGCAAUCACAGCAACAGCAACAGUGUGACCCACAGCAGAUUAGAGCACACAGACCACGACAAGUCCUCUGUGAUUGAAGGCAGAGACAUUCGUCUAAAUGGAAAAGGGAAGAAAAUUCGCAAGCCUCGGACCAUCUACUCCAGUCUGCAGCUGCAGGCUCUGCACCAGCGCUUCCAGCAGACACAGUAUCUGGCCUUACCGGAGCGCGCAGACCUUGCGGCAAAGCUGGGGCUCACACAAACUCAGGUGAAAAUAUGGUUUCAAAAUAAGCGCUCCAAGUACAAAAAGAUCAUGAAGCAUGGCAGCGGAUCAGAGGGAGAACAUCUCCACGGCACCAGCUCCAUCUCUCCCUGCUCGCCCGCAUUGCCCCAGCUAUGGGAGGUCUCUAUGGCGAACAAAGGAGCCCCGGUCCAUCCGAGCAGUUACAUGAACACUUUCGGUCAUUGGUAUCCGAAUCAUCACCCUCAUCAUCAGGACGCGAUGCACAGGCCUCAGAUGAUGUGAGUGGACAGUUUUUGGACACUUGAGUCCAUCGGGCUGCACUGAACUUGCUGGUGCCUCCAGAGGCCUCCUCUCAGAACUGAGAGUUUAGGAGACCUUGUUUAUAUUCACUGUAUUUUGUGUGUGUUUUGAAUUUUAAAAUUCUCACUACAAGAAAUAUUCAGGCAUCAAAGAAAAAGAAAAAAAAAGGGGGGGGGGGGUUUUAUACCUGCAUGCUCUUGUUGCAGGGUCUGACAUCAGUGAAACGUGGGUUUGUGUGUGCAGUUUAAAAGACAUUCUGGAUAAAAGGCCUUUUUUUCAAAUAUACUGUGUCCGUGCGUCUGCUUUAUUAGCCAGCAGUUAACCAGCUGUCACUUUAUUGUCACUAAAUGUCUUUGCUUAGGUUUCUUUAUCUUCCCCUCACUUUCAGGUAAUUUCAAAAGAAAGAUGGAAUUGCCGGUUCCUUAAAGAAGCCUGGAUUAAUAACAACCGGUGCUAUGAGACACUGACAAACGCAAGCUUAAACUCUUCAGAGCUUUCUGAGCACUGCACAGCUCGGCCUGUGAUAAUGCCGUGCGAGAAUAAAAGCUGUCUUUUGUCCAUCAA